GCUCCUCGGCUUUCUCUUCUCUCUCAAUUUCUCUCUAAAUUUUUCCCUCGCUUUCUGGUGGGUGUUCUUCGACUUUGUUUCAGAGCCAUGAAACCUAACAAGAUAACCUUCAAAGAGACGCAGGCUUUAAUGGCGCUGCUCUCUGUUGAGAAGCCCUUAAAUGAGAUCGUCUCAGACUUCAUCGCCACUUUCCAAGAAGACAGAUACCUUGUCAUAUGUGGUGCGCUCGCCAUAAUGCUCGAGUUUGACAAAAAGCUAUUUCCAGCCGAUCAGCGGUUGAUUGCUUUCACAAUUCUGCAUCAAAUAUAUUCGUCACAGCAAUCGCCUUCAAACCCCUUUAUUUCUAUAUUGAUUGAUGCAGCCUGUAAUGAUACUUCUGAGAAAAUGGAGCGUGCAUUUGUACAUCAGCUACUGACUUCUAUUACCACCAACAACAAUAAAGAGGUUCUCAAACAGUCUGCUGUGGAUUUCAUCAAAAGUUUCGAUCCUGCGUCACCUGAUGAACGGGUCUACAUGCAGUGUGAACAGCUGCAGAAGCUAUACUACUACGACAAGAAGCUAGCAGACCCCAAAAAAUUUGCCUUUAAGGAUAGUGCUGUGAAUAAUGUAAUACCAGACCCCGACAUCCCUUCUGGUUACGAUGUAGAUUUGCCAGAGCUUGAUGUCACACCUCCUGGAGUGAAAACAAGAAUUGGUGCUGGAGAUAGGGGUGGGGCAGUAGCUGGAAUUCUAAGCAAUUUGUCGCUGAAAGGGCUGGAACCACCAUGGAUUAGGCCCAUUCCACCUAUGCUUCCAAUACAAGAUAAUGAGCUUAUGUGGCUCCACCCGGAUAAUACCCAUGACCUAUUAUGGGAUCACACCAUGUGUGCUGACUCUAGCAAGGGAGCUGCAGUGAGGGAUUUGAUGGCAAGUGCUAUGAAGGGGCCACUUGCACCAGCCCAACAACAGCAAGUUCUACUGGAGCUCGCGAGUGAUCCAAAGCUUGUCUAUCACUGCGGAUUGGCUCCUCGAAGAUUACCUGAACUUGUGGAAAACAAUCCACUUAUUGCUGUUGAAGUCCUAAUAAAGUUGAUGAAUUCUCCAGAAAUCACAGAUUACUUCACAGUUCUUGUUAACAUGGACAUGAGUUUGCACUCGAUGGAAGUCGUAAACAGGCUCACAACAGUUACUGACCUUCCAACUGAGUUCGUACAUAUGUACAUCACAAACUGCAUAUCUUCCUGCGAAAAUAUCAAGGACAAAUACAUGCAGAACAGACUUGUGAGACUUGUAUGCGUGUUUCUACAGAGCCUCAUCAGAAACAGGAUUAUCAACGUUCAGGAUCUGUUUAUAGAAGUGCAGGCAUUUUGUAUUGAGUUCUCACGCAUACGAGAGGCGGCCGGAUUGUUUAGGUUACUCAAGACCUUAGAGUGAGCAGAAGCACACCUGCUUGCUGAGAAAUAGCCAUUUUAAAUCGCAAUUUUACCUUUCCCCCUUGGUUAUUUGUUUAUUCGUGGAAUAUCAUUUUUAUGCCAUAAGUUAACAGCAUAAAAAACAAUAUCAUUUUUAUACCAUAUAGAAUGUCAUUGUUGAGAACUUAGCCAGGUCUU